CCUCCUACAUCCACCACAGUUCCAUCCACGUUGAGCCCCUCUUUCGCUAUUAAUCGUUUUUUUCUAGACUGCCUUAGUUUUCACGAUCCCUCUGGGAUUUAGUACCAUCAUCACCAUCAUUGAAAUCGCACCUAACCUCCAUUUCCCUACCAAAACUACAGCGUACAAUGCCGCCCAUCAGAGUAGCAAUUAUCGUGUAAUUUGUCCCUCCCUCUUGAUAUCCGACCCCACAUCGGUCCAAGUUUCUGAGCAUGAACAAUUCUUCCUUCUUUUCGUCCCAAGACAAGGAAAGAUAAAGCACCUCGCUAACGACAUUUUCGUCGAUAUGUCCUCGUGCAGUUUUGACAACGUCGAAAUCCUCGACUUUGCUGGGCCCAUGGAGGUUUUCACGAUUGCUGCCAAAACACCCUUCCCGCAAGGGGCGCCGUAUCGAGCCCUCCCGCCGGGAUCUGAAAGAACGACCUUUGAUGUGGCUAUCCUGUCACAAACCCAGACCAUCAGGACUUCUCACGGCAGAGGUUGCGUUAUCGAGCGGGAUAUAGACCUAUUCUCACAGGAAGGUCAGGACGACAAAUGGGAUGUCGUUGUCAUACCCGGAGGUGUGGGUACUAGGGAGCAGAUGGAGAAUCUCCAUCUUCUGGACUGGAUUUCCAGAUUUGCUAGAAGAAAUCGUGGGAAGCGCAAGACGAUAUUGUCUGUUUGCACAGGCACCCUACUUCUUGCCAAGGCUGCCAUCUUGGACGGUAUGAAGGUGACAACCCAUUAUAGUGCUCGGGAGACGUUACAGAGCAUCAUCAAGGAGGGCGGCGGAAUGGCAGAGGUUGUGGAAGAUAGGGUGGUCGCUGAAGUUCUUAGAGGGAGUGGGGGUGAGGAUCUGGGAGUCGAUGUGGUCACCAGUGGAGGUGUUAGCAGUGGGAUCGACGGUGCUUUGUAUGUUGUCAAGAAGCUUGUUGGGUUGGAUGUUGCGAGAGGGGCGGCUGAGUGGAUUGAGUAUAAUUGGAAUGAUGCUUAUUGAGGCCUGAAGGAGGGGUAUUAUGGUACGAGUUUGAAGUGGGGUGGGGGAGGGGUUUAGAAUGCAAAAAAGUCCUCUUAGGUGUUAGGGUAUGGUUGUUUAGGAUUAUUAGGAAAAGAAUGAGAUUGGGAAAGGGUGAGCUAUAUAAAUCCAAAAU